UGUGGAUUUAAAUUUUCAGACAGUAUUCAGGGCUCAGGAGCGACUCCUUCAUUGUGAGCUGUGUACGGAAUUUCUGAAUUAACACUGUUUCUGCUGGAAACACAAGAAGAUGGGUGUUGAUGAGUUAAACCUGAAAGCACUGAUCAGAGUCUUUAGGAGAGAGUGUCACCGGGUUUUUGACUCGGAGAGGACCACGGUACAUGGGGCAGACAGCAUGCUGAUGGUCCUCCAGCUGGCCGCCGCUGAGGUCCACAAACAGGAAAGAGGAGAGUUCGGUGUAUCUUUAAGCGACGUGCUGGAGUCUUGGAGAUUCACGCUUCUGGACAAGCUCCACCUGUCCCGCCAUGGCUCCCCGCUCCCUGAGAAUUAUGAGCUCAUCCGGAAAGAGUACGACAGCUUUUUGAAGCGAACCAACACGGUGGACCUGAUUGAUGUCUAUAACAUGUACAAGGAGCUGAAGCGGGAUGACGACCCCGAGGAUCCCCUGACUGCAACGCAGAUGUUCGAGUUCCUGCUAGGCAGCACGGAGGAGGGCUCGGGAGAAGCUGAGACGAUCUUUCAGGUUCCAGCUACGCCGUCGAGCCGGGUCAGAACCUGCAGCGCACAGGUGCAGCGAGCGGUCCGGAGGCUCUUUUGUUCAUAUUUGGCCAUGCUGGUGAACACAAAGAACGACUUGGCCCUGGCACACACACUGAACACCCCUAACCGCUGUCUAGGACACACAGCGUUUACUGACCUGAAACAUGCAGCACGCAAAAGCAGCACAUCUUUGUUUCUGGCAGCUACUUCGUUUAUCCGGGCGAUCGAGCUGGGUGGGAAAGGUUACGCCCCUCCAGAGUCUGACCCUUUAAGGAAACACCUGAAGGGUUUGUCAUUGUUCGUCCAUUUCAUGGACCAACUAGAAGAGAUCCUUGGAGAAACCCCAAACCCCAGCGCUGCUGGAGGCAGAAUGGUGUCCAGCAUUAGAGCAGUUUUCCUGAAGGAUCUUAGUAGUGCAGAUCCGGUGUACGCUGCUGUGGAAGAUACUGUGAAUGUGCUAAAGGAAAUAAUCCAACAAAUCCACACCCUUCAGAAAGAGUCUGCUUGUGGCACAGGCAUAAGUCCAGCCAGGCCUCGAACAUACGUCAUCAAUCAUGCCACUGCAUAUGCAGGCAGAGAGACUGUUAAGGUCCUGAUCACCUUGUUGGAUGAAGAAGCUCUGGCGCCGCCCUGCAGGAACAAAGCGCAACUGCUCACUGACGAUCAGAACGUUCUGAAUGAAGCAGAGCCCAUCUGUCUCCUCUCGCUCUACAAAUCUCCAGUGGUUCCCACAGGACUUUCUCCAAAGCCCCUGCGCAACCGCGUCCAGAGCCAGCAAGAACACGUUAAGUCUAAGGUAAAAGACAGAGGCAUCCGUUCUCAGUUCGCCUGCACGUACUUGGAGGACGGUCUGCCUCUAAACCGUGUACUGGACUUUCCCAGCACGAGUCAACUCCCGACCUGUGUGCAUCCUGCCCCUAAACAGACGCUCCCCUCAGCUGAGGACGAGUCUACAGGCGAAUGCGGAAAACAAGUCGAGGUGGAUCAACAGGCGGCGAUUCAGGGCUGCCGUGGCUCAGGGACCGAACCCGCCCUCAAGCAACGCAGCACCAACGGCCCGAUUCGAACAGGUGUUUCAAGGAAAGGGGUGGCAGAACUCCAAACCGUCACCAAAACUUCCAAGAGGAAGCUGUCAAACAGAGAGUGUGUGGAACAAGGAGGUGAUGAGAACCAGCCGCCCCAAAAGAGACCUCCUGCCAAAGCCCGUAGCUCUGGGCCAGGGAAGAAGAGCAGCAACAUGGCUACAAAGAAGCUCAUUGCAGGUCAAGGCAAGCUUACAAGCUUUUUCCGGCUUUGAUUUAAAGCUUCCAAGGGCUGCCUUAUCGUCACAUUCUUCGUCAUGUCCUUUCUAAUACGAAGAUAAAUUAGAACAUUAGGUACAUAUGUUUGUGAAGACUUGCGUGAUUGCUCUGUGAUUUAAACCCCUAUGGGGAGCACUGUUUUUAUCAAUGCGUUGAAAACAUAUCGAUGAUGUAAGAAUCAAUCAAUCAGUUGUUGCUCAAUGGUCAUGCAUUGGUCUGUUUAUUUUUGGUCAAACAAGUACAUCAUUUCUGGUUUUAAUAAAGUUUUACUUAACUCUACAA